UAAUGCUGUUCUUGCAGCAAGAAUCAUGAAUGCUACACUUGUGCUGCCUGAAUUGGAUGCAAACUCUUUUUGGCAUGAUGACAGUGGUUUCCGCGGUAUCUAUGAUGUUGAGCAUUUUAUCAUGUCAUUGAGGUAUGAUGUAAAAAUUGUAGAAAAAAUACCAGAAAUUCGCAAAAAUGGGAAGGCAAAGAAGAUAAAAGCCGUACAGCUUCGUCCCCCUAGAGAUGCUCCUAUCAGUUGGUAUACUACGGAUGCUCUUGCGAAAAUGAAGGAGCAUGGUGCUAUUUAUCUUACUCCCUUUUCACAUCGUUUGGCAGAAGAAAUUGACAACCCUGAGUAUCAACGGUUGAGGUGCAGAGUGAACUAUCAUGCUCUGAGAUUUAAGACAAAUAUAAUCAAGCUAAGUCAGUCAAUAGUUGAUAAGCUUCGCUCACAAGGUCACUUCAUGUCCAUACAUCUUCGUUUUGAAAUGGAUAUGCUGGCAUUUGCUGGCUGUUUUGAUAUUUUCAACCCCAAAGAGCAAGAGAUUUUGAAGAAGUAUCGGAAAGAAAAUUUUGCACCAAAGAAGCUUGUGUAUGAGGAAAGAAGAGCCAUUGGAAAAUGCCCAUUAAUUCCAGAAGAGGUUGGUCUUAUUUUACGUGCAAUGGGGUUUAGCAAUUCUACCAAGAUAUACCUAGCUGCUGGUGAACUAUUUGGUGGAGAGAGAUUCAUGAAACCGUUCCGGGCUUUGUUCCCUCACCUUGAGAACCACAGUUCUGUAGAUCCCACAGACGAGCUAGCAGAAAAUACCCAGGGAUUGUUAGGGUCUGCGGUGGACUACAUGGUUUGCCUCCUCUCUGAUAUUUUUAUGCCUACAUAUGAUGGCCCUAGCAACUUUGCCAACAAUCUCCUUGGACACCGCCUAUAUUAUGGCUUCCGGACCACAAUUAGACCCGAUAGGAAAGCUCUUGCUCCAAUCUUCGUUGAUCUAGAGAAGGGACGGACAACGGGUUUUGAAGAAGCUUUUAGGCAAGCCAUGCUCAAUACUAACCUUGGUGGACCCCACAAGCGGAUUCCGCCUGAUUCUUUCUAUACAAAUUCUUGGCCCGAAUGUUUCUGCCAAACAUCUCCAAAGAAUCUAGCACAUAAAUGUCCACCAGAUAAUGUUUUGGAAAUUCUUAACAGCCAGUUGGGUGAAGCCACUGAUGACCUGGAAUCCGUGCCCCAAUCAAAUUCAACAAUAUAUGUGGCAGAAAGAUGAGAAAGUAGUCUCAGGAUUUAUAGUGGGUGAUUGUUCCAAGCCAAUACUGAUGAAUCCCUGUCUGUGUAAUUGACAAGGUAUGGCUUUCCAUAAUAAUACUCUGCCUUCAGACAGGAUCCAUGUUGGUUAUUGAAGGCAGGUUCAUGUUAUCUUGGGGUUCACGCUAUGGUGAUUCAGUAUAUCGAAAAAGAAGUUGACACUGCUGGAGGACGCAUGAGCCAAGCCAUGUUGAUAGUUGCAGAUUUGUCACGCUGUGAUCUAAAAAUUUACUUCUGAUUAGUGAUAUUGUAUUAUAUUUGAUUGACUUCCUUGUAUGUUUCUGCCAUGUCACAUGUGUGACUAAUCAUAUAAGAUUUUCAGUCUUACCUUACAAAAAUGCUACAUUAAAAGUUAAAUUA